AUGAGUUAUUAGAAAGAUAUUAGGAAAUAAAUCUUUAAAGUUAAGAAUAGCAGUUCAAUCAAAGUAAGGAUUAAAUGGACUCAAGAGGAAGAUUAAUAAUUAAUUGACAAUGUGUCUCAUUUUGGAUAUAGAUGGCUUUAAGUAGCUUAGAAUAUGGAAUAAAGGAAUGCAUCUUAAUGUUGUUAAAGGUGGAAAAGGAUUAAAAUAUGUUAAGGGUUCUAACAAAAUAAAGCUAAACGAUGGACUUAAAAGGAAGAUCAAAAAUUAUUGAAAAUCUAUAAAGAGGUUGGACCUUAGUGGAAUACAAUAGCUUAACAGAUGAAAAUCAAAUCAAGUAAAUAGGUGAGAAGUAGGUUUAAGAAUUUUCUUGAUCCAAAUCUAAAUCAUGCUCCUAUGACAGAAGUAGAAGAUGAAUUUAUAUUCUAAGAAUAUUUAAUGUUAGGAACCUAAUGGACUAAAAUAUCAGAGAAAUUGCCUGGAAGAUCUGUAAUAUAUUGAUCAUAUAUAUACUUUAGGAAAAUAUGAUUAAGAAUCGAUUCUAUUCAUUUAUUAAGGAGAAAUAUUUGAACUAGCCUAAUCCAUAUUACAAAGUAAAACCAUUAGAUAAGAAAGAAGUAGCUGAAAAUUAAUAUAAUUUUUAAGAGCAAUAACUAAUUGAAUUCAAACAUGAAUCAUAAGAAUUAUAUGAUGAAGAUCUAUAAAAUGAUUCUAAUGAAAUAAUAGAUGAUCAUUUAUAAAAUCUAUAUUGGAAUUUUGAAACAAAAGCAUAUAUAUACUGA